AUGUACUUCCCAAUGGAGCAUGUUUUUAAGCCGAAAACCGUCUGGGAAACGAUAGCCUUGGAUUUCAAUGGUCCCUAUGUCAAGUUUGGAGGGAUUUCAAUCCUCGUAAUCGUUGACUAUAGGUCUAGGUAUCUUUCUGCCAGACCGAUCAAAUUCACCAGUUUCGAAUGUACCAAAAGAGUGCUUGAGAAGGUGUUUGAAAGCGAAGGCUAUCCUAAGAACAUUAAAACGGAUAACGGUCCACCGUUCAACAUCGAUGAUUACAAAACUUAUUGUAGCCAGCGUGGAAUCAACAUGAUUUUCUCAACUCCUUUAUUCCCACAACAAAAUGGGUUGGUGGAAUCGUGCAUGAAAGUAAUCAAUAAAGCGAUGGUUGCAGCUUCUACCGACAAGACCAGUUUCAUAGAAGAACUUCAAAAAGCAGUAAAUGCGCAUAACGCAGCGGCGCACAGCGUAACCAAGGUCCCACCGAAGGUAGUUAUGCUUGCACGGAAGGUCAAGCGCGGACUACCUCUUCUGCGGCACAGUAAAGCAACAUUUGACGAGGAGCCUUUCGAGAAAACUGACCGAGACUGA